AGCUUGCAUGAUGGCGGCGCCUUCGAAGAGGCGCGAAGUGGAAUGCUGUGAAUCUUCAGAAGCAGUUCCACUGAGUUCGCCUAAAACCUUGUUGACUCUGACUACAAAAAUUGUUGCCAAAAAUUAUACUUGCAAGGAAUUGCUGGCUGAUGGACUGGUGUUAGAUGAGAUAUUGUUGAAAAAUAUUGCCAAAGAAGCAUUUCCAUGUGAUGAGAAGGUAUUUGAAUUGUAUGCAAAGCUGGCCACAGAUGAAAAUACAGUUGCUAAAGACAGAGGUAUUGGAGAAUUGGAGUUCCCUGAUUUAACAGACAAUACCUGGAGUGGUGCCCAAAGGAUAUUGAGUAAAAAGGAAACUUUUAUAAGAGAAGCAAUUCAAGUGGGGUUCUUGUAUACAGCUGUGGUCAUAUCCGUGGAUUCAAUGCAAGUGCCAGAGGUUUCCUUUCCAUUUUUGCCCGUCAGAACAGAAAGCUGUGUGAAAAGAAGCCGAGUGUCCAUCAACUUUGAAAAGCAGACUGUUGUUUCUGUAAAUUGUAGUGCUUGUCGCUUGGUAUGGUGUCGUCACGUUAUAGCAGCCAUAUUGUUUCGCAUUCGCUUUCCUGAGAAGGUACAGUGUCAUGCACCUCUGACUGAGACCUUACUGAAUCUGAACAGAGAACAGCUUCAGAAAGUGAUACAGUACACAGUACAGUCAGAUCCAGCGUCUACACUUUUUAAAGUGUUUCAGCAUAUGGAUGAGAUGUAUGAAUCCACAUCUGAGAUCAACCAAACAUGCGGGGCUCCUGAUCCCACCUUUGUACCCCAAUUAGAGGGUGACAUAUUGACUCUGCAGACGCUAGAAAAACUGAAAAGAAAUGUUAUUUCCAAGCUGAAGGUGUCCGCUGGGCUUUGGAAAUACAGAUUGCUUCCCGAGAGCAUGGCUGCUAGAUACGAUCCAGAAUGCCUCCUGCUGAGUGACUUGAAGGAACAUAUUCACCAAGUAGAAGACCUAUUGAAAACUGGAGCAACAUUAUUAGCAACUAAACUGCUCAUUCUCCUCACAGAGGCGGUGUUUGAAGUGGCUGAAGACCCUUCAGUUACAGAGAACAAACUGCUAGUACAUUUAUGCUACAAGAUGGAAGAGCUGUUUUCUGUAGCAGUUAUGCUCCCAAACAAUGAGCAAAAGCAUGAUCUUGUAAUUGCUGCAAAAGAAUUUAGGAGGCGUGGGAAGAAUGCUCCAAUCUUAAAGAUAAGAAGAAUGGACUGGAAUCAGGUUCCUGGUUUGGACAUUCCUGUGGCAUUGGCACAAGAAGAGCCAUCAUUACUGUUUACUGAUACUCUACAGGCUGCAACGCUGAACUGGGAUGUCAAAGGUCUCCAAGAUGUUUUGGAUGGAAAGGCUAGUUACAGAGACACGGUCUAUGAAGAACCUAUCCCUGUUGUGAUGUUAAGGAUAAAGACUUUGUUUCUGAUUGGUUCUACUGACCAGGCAGAGAGGCUAUCUCAAAUGGGGAUACAAAUGCUUUUGGAGAUCUCGAACAAGUAUUCCAUUAUCCCAACGGACUCUCAGCAAAAUUUCAUACAGCCCCAAAACACUGAUGUGAAACGAGUGACAAGAUCUAUGAUGAAGAAUGCUGCCUCAGGGAAAAGGACUAAAGCAAGAUUGACUGUCACCAAAAAUAACAGAAAAUCUUACAAACAGGGGAGUAUGCUCUCAUCUUCUCUGGGUCCAAUGCAGAUUGUACCUUGCCUUCUUAAUCUCUGUGAGGGUAUUAAAGAACUUGCCCUUGAACAUGAGACAGAGCAGAGCAGUUGGUUUCUCAUUUGCCAUGCCUUUUUGAGAGUAUUAGAUCUUGCACGCUACAUGACCAGAAUAAUUAGCAGCUUUAGCUAUGGCAGAAGCAUACAUAUGCAGAAGUUGGAUAACUUCCUUCUCUGGAACUGCCCUGUGAUGGCAGAAAUUGCAGCAAAGGCCACUGACAGCAUUCUGUCUUGUGACAUGAGGUGCUGGACCCCUGUUUGUCCACUGUAUCUGGUACAGUUCCUGGUGGAAGUUGCAAAGGAAAAUCCUCAAAAUUAUCUCACAGACGUAGAAGAAAGGAGAUUGAAGGUGGUCCAACUAUGCCAACAGGUGUUGUGCUAUGACAACCUCCUAGAAAAGCAAGGGAGCAGGGAUGAAGAAAGCAUUUUGGACAUGAUUGCCCAUGCAUUUAGAGAUGGAUUGAGAGUACAUCAGAAAAGAGAGCAAGAGUGGCUUAAAGAAGUGCUUCAGCAGUGCAGUAGCUACACAAACAUAAGGGCAUUGCACACUGUUCUUGAGGCACUGGGAGAUGCAGAGCAUAGAGGUUCCCUGCUUCAAGCAGACCUUGUGAUGGAUUACCUGAUGGCAGCCAAAAUAUACUUGAAGAUGGCAGGGGAGAAAAAGAACACCAUACUCAACUCUUCCUUCAUAAUUGGCAAUAUUUAUGAUCUUGUUUUCCGUAUGGGUAUCCCUUCUCUGUCUAUAUUUGUAGAGGGGUGGCAGAAGUAUACUUCCUCCAAUUUCAUCAUCAGAUUGCUCCUUGCUGUGUACAGUGAAGUAGUGAUCCUGCAAUAUGUCCCACAGGAAGCGUUUCAACUACUGCUAGAUGCCUUGAAACAUAAAGGCGAGGUCAUCAAAGACUUUGUCAAGUUAUUGAAAGGUUGGCUUUUCACUCCUGCACAGACCAAGAGAUUGAUGGACGCCAUUAUGAAGAAUGCUGAGUACAUCCAUCCUGGGGCCAUGUUUCAGCUUCUUAGAGAGCAGCAAAGCACAAUGGGUGAGGACAGAACUGGCAAGCCAAAGAAUUCCACAUUCAAACUUGCUGUAGCUGUCCUUAGAUCAGUUGGGGCACAUCCAAUGAUCUAUGAGAUGGUGGAUCCAAAUCUGACUGACAUGGACUGGCUGAUAUCUGUUUGUCUGGCAGGAAAAGUUGAAGACUUAGACAAGAGAAAUUACUAUGGUCAGUUCAUUGCCGCAGUGGAGAAGAACUGUUCAGCUUUACCGCAAGUUCUUUUGAAACUUCUGUCACACCUUCUGAAGUUCCCAAGACUUAUCAAACACUGCGAUUCUCUCUCUGAUGCUCUUAUUCCAGGUUGUAAAGCAUACCUUGAAAAGCACCUCAGGUCAAGUGGUAAAUCACAAUCUUCAUAUGAGGAAGUUGUAGAGAAGAUGAAACAGAUGCGUGAUGCUUGUGGUGAAUUUGUUACAAAUGGCGGCCAGCAGUUUGACGGCGAAGUCAUCCCUUUUGUUCUAAGUGUAUUCCGGAACAAGAAAAAGUUAUGCCAAAUGAUCUCCAUGCAGUUUUAUGGAGAAUCAUUGUAAGAAUGCUUUCAAAUGUAAAGCAUACAAAAAACUGAUGAACUUAAAGUUUCAAGUAGAAUAUUAUAAUUUUUUUAUUGUUUCAUUACUUUCUGUUUUCUUGGUAAGAACAACAGAGCACAAUGAGAAGCUUAUCUACUGCAAUUCUUGUCAUUGGAAGUGACUUUUCCAAAUGCAUAUCUUUAAAGUAGAUUACAAAAGUAAAACUGACUUAAGUAAGUUGAUAUACUUAGCAAGGUAGCUAACAUAAUUUAAUUGAAAGUGCCAUAAGAUAUUGAUAUUUUGUCAGCUUCAGUAAGAAACUGAAGCCUGUAUUUUCUAGCUUCUUUUUUAUUUUUUUGACAAAAAGAUAAAAUAUAUAGAGUGGUCCAAAAAGAUGUUUCCAUUUCUGAUAAAGAGGGAAAACUUAGCACUUUUUCAUAGACCUGUCUUACAGGCAGUUUUGUGUGGUGUAAGGAUUUUCCCAUCAUUUUGUGAGUAUUGCUCAAUAGUUUAUACUGUGCUCUAUCCAAGCUCCUUGGUGAUAAAUCACUGUGGCUAUUUGGCUGUAAUGACAAUGUUCAACAUUUCAUGGGGAAUUCGCCUGAUGUCCAUUAUAAUAUCAUUCUUGGGAGCAUCAAUAGUUUGGGGAUUGUUGGCUUAGACAGUCUUUUAGGUAUCCCUACAGAAAACGAUCCAAAGUUGAUAGGCCUGGAGAAUGUGCAUGCCUAGGGUGGUCUGUAUGAUGGGAGACCUAUCCCCUUUAGAUUGUUCUCUGUGGGGAUACUUAAAAGACCAUGGCUAUGGCCUUAUUCUGAUAUACAUCAGAGAUCUACGUGAAUUGAUCCAAUGCUGCAGGGACUCUUGCUGACUGCAAUCAGCUUAACUGAAUGAUGUCUCCUCUUGGAGUAAAGUAUAAUACAGAAAUGCCAGUGAUUAUACAAGUGCUUUGAAAACAAGAGGAGGUAUGUCAUUCAGUUAAGCUGAUUGCAGUCACUGAGAGUCCUUGCAGAGUAAGAUAUUCCACAUAGACCAAUAAUUUCAUUGGGAAUGGGGUCUUUGCCAACAAUCCCCAGACUAUUGAUGCUCAUAAAAAUAAUAUUCGAACAGAGAUCAGAGUUCACCAAGACGUUGAACAGUCAUUAUAAACUUCAAUGUGCAAGUAGCCACAGUGAUUAUGUGCCAAGGAGCUUGGAUCGAGCUGAUUUAAAACUAUUGAGCUGUGCUCACAAAAUUAUGUUAUAUGAAGAAAAAACUUACACCACAAAAUUUACUUGUUUGUAUGACGGGUCAAUGACAAAAAAUGUGAAGUUUUUUUUUUUCAGUAUAAAAUGCUACUUUAUCAAGAAUGGAAGUACUUUAUGGACCACCCUUAACAGAACAAACCUGAAGUUUUUUUUUCAGAGAUCUUAUGAAUAAAUUGUUAUAGAAGUUGUUUUAAGUUGAUAAUCAUACUUAAUGAUACUAAAUUCAAAAUUAGAGAGUUCCUCAGAAAUGGCAAUCUCUAACAGAUACACAUUCCAUUGUAUUUUAUGUAACAAUAAUUAUGUGAAAGUUAAGUUGUGAAAGAUAAAUUUAAAAAAAAAAAGUAAUUUAUAUUUUAGAAAAAUUUGACUUGGUUUGCAACAUUGAUUGA